CGCCUCCAGAAGCAGCCUUUAAAAUAAAUCUUGGAUUCCUUGCUCAACUGAACGCAAGAUGUCGGGGUUUAGUCCCGAGCUAAUCGAGUAUCUGGAGGGGAAAAUCUCCUUCGAGGAGUUCGAGCGACGCCGGGAAGAGCGCAAAAGCCGCGAAAAGGAUGGAGAAAAUGUACUUGCUGAGGAAAACGCAGAAGACCCAGAUGGUCCCUCUACAUCUGGACAAGGAUCAUCUGCUGGGCUUCAGGGUCACAGUGAAGCUGAAGAAGAGACAUCUGAUGGGGUGAGUAAAUCUGUCCAUCGUGUUUUUGCUUCCAUGAUGGGAGAGAAUGAAGAAGAGGAGGAAGAAGAUGAAGAUGAAGAGAUCUCUGAACAACCUACCGCAGGAGAUGUGUUCGCGUUGGAGAUGGUACUUAACAGAGAGACAAAAAAAAUGAUGAAGGAAAAACGACCCCGCAGUAAACUGCCUCGUGCCUUGAGAGGCCUCAUGGGCGAAGCUAAUAUUAGGUUUGCUCGAGGUGAACAUGAAGAAGCCAUUCUGAUGUGCAUGGAAAUCAUUAGGCAAGCUCCUCUUGCUUACGAGCCAUUCUCAACUCUUGCCAUGAUUUAUGAAGACCAAGGAGAUAUGGAGAAAUCUUUGCAGUUUGAACUGAUUGCCGCUCACUUAAACCCCAGUGACACCGAGGAGUGGGUGAGGUUAGCGGAAAUGUCCCUUGAGCAGGACAAUAUUAAACAGGCUAUCUUCUGCUAUGCAAAAGCUCUGAAAUAUGAUCCCACUAAUGUGCGUUACUUGUGGGAGAGAUCAAGUCUCUACGAACAGUUGGGGGAACAUAAACUGGCAAUGGAUGGCUACAGGCGCAUCUUAAAUCUUCUGACCCCUUUUGAUGGCGAUCGUUUUAUGCACUUGGCUAGAGAUAUGGCAAAGAGUUACUACGAAGCCAACGAUAUCACUGCUGCUAUUGAGAUAAUGGAGGAAGCCUUUAGUAAACACCAGAGCCUUGUAUCCAUGGAAGAUGUUAAUAUAGCUGCAGAGCUGUAUAUUUCUAACAAGCAGUAUGAUAAAGCAUUGGCAGUUAUUACGGAUUUUUCAGGAAUUGUACUUGAAAAGAAAGAAACAGAAACAGAUUCUUCUGCAGAGAAUAAAGAGGCAACGGAAAAUCAGGAGGAUCAAGAAUCAACAACUGAUCAGCAAGAUCUUGCACCUGAAACCAGUGCUGCGGCUUCAGAAAAAGUUACCUGCUCUAUACCUGAUGGUGUUCCCAUAGACAUCACUGUGAAACUCAUGGUCUGCUUGGUUCACCUGAAUAUCUUGGAACCUCUCAAUCUUCUGUUGACCACGUUAGUGGAGCAAAACCCCGAGGACAUGGGGGACUUGUACCUCGACGUCGCCGAAGCGUUCCUUGACGUUGGAGAAUACAAUUCUGCACUCCCUCUCCUGAGUUCCCUGGUGUGUUCUGAAAGAUACAACUUAGCUGUUGUUUGGCUGCGUCAUGCAGAGUGCUUGAAAGCCUUGGGCUGCAUUGAGCGUGCUGCCGAGAGCUAUGGCAAAGUCGUCGACCUUGCGCCUUUACACCUGGAUGCCAGGAUCUCACUUUCCACCCUUCAGCAGCAAUUGGGCCGGCCCGAGAAAGCCCUGGAAGCCCUUGAACCCAUGUAUGACCCAGAUACGCUGGCCCAGGAUGCGAAUGCCGCUCAGCAAGAACUGAAAUUGCUGCUUCAUCGUUCGACGCUGUUGUACUCCCAAGGCAACAUGUACGGUUACGUAGAUUCCUUGCUCACCAUGCUAGCCAUGCUCUUAAAGGUUGCCAUGAACCGAGCUCAGGUGUGUUUAAUAUCCAGUUCCAAGUCUGGAGAAAGGCAUCUCUACCUUAUGAAAGUAUCAAGGGAUAAAAUCUCUGGCAACGAUGACCAAGAAACAACAAACUGUGAUGCAAAAGCAAUAUUCGUGGUGCUGACAAGCGUGCUGACAAAAGAGGAUUGGUGGAACCUCUUGCUGAAGGCCAUCUAUGCUUUGUGCGACCUUUCGCGAUACAAGGAAGCAGAACUCCUCGUGGACUCCUCAUUGGAAUACUAUUCGUUCUACGACGACAGGCAGAAGCGCAAAGAACUGGAGUACUUUGGUCUCUCCGCUGCAAUUCUGGACAAGAAUUUUAGGAAAGCUUACAACUACAUCAGGAUAAUGGUCAUGGAACACGUCAACAAGCCUCAGCUUUGGAAUAUCUUCAACCAAAUCACCAUGCACUCACAAGACGUCCGGCAUCAUCGUUUCUGCCUUCGUUUAAUGCUGAAGAACCCUGACAAUCAUGCACUCUGUGUCUUAAAUGGCCACAAUGCUUUUGUGUCUGGUAGUUUCAAGCAUGCUCUCGGGCAAUAUGUACAGGCCUUUCGUACUAACCCAAACGAACCCCUGUACAGCCUCUGCAUAGGUUUGACUUUUAUCCACAUGGCAACUCAGAAGUACGUGUUAAAAAGGCACGCCCUUAUAGUGCAGGGCUUCUCAUUCCUCCAACGGUACCUGAGCCUCCGUGGUUCUUGUCAAGAAUCUUUCUACAACUUAGGCCGUGGCCUUCAUCAGCUGGGAUUGGUCCAUCUCGCCAUUCACUACUACCAAAAGGCACUGGAGCUUCCCCCACUGGUCCUAGAGGGAAUAGAAGCUGACCAGACAGACUUGCGCAGAGAUAUUGCCUUCAAUUUGUCACUCAUCUACCAGAGCAGUGGGAAUAUUAGAAUGGCCCGGAAGAUGCUGUAUACACAUGGAACUGUGUGAUGAGAAGGCCAGCACUGCCGAAGAAGAAGAGGACGGAUUGCUUUCCUUGCUUUCAAGGGCAGGGUAGCCUGGUAAGGGUGCAGCUGCCUCUCCCUUUCAGUGGGGCACAGACCUGGGAGAGACGGAUGAAGGAAAUGUCAACAUUGAGGCCUGCCAGCUCUAAGCAGCUGGGAACUUGCCAGCUCUAAAAAUGUUCCUGCUUCUCUGAGACCCAGAAUUCAAGGUGGAUAAAAGGAUGUUCCUUGGCCAGAUUCUGCCCAUGUACUCUUGAUUGCCAGCAGGAAGUGAGGUGCACUGCAAAGGAGAGCACUCGAUUGGGCUUAACCCAAGUACCCUUCAAAAUUUCCUCCUAUAAGGAAAAUGCACACCAGAGACAUCUACAGGUACUCCUGUGCACAUUUAACUACAUUUCACUGAUUUUAGAAGCAGAGUAUGUAUGCCUUGGAUUAUGUCAUGUCAAAACAUUCCUUCACAUACAUUGCUCAUAUGUUGUAAAAGGAGUAAUUUGAUUGCAGGAGUUUAGUUAUUUCUAAUUUGUGUUACUUUACACACAAAAAGUAUCUCAGACUACAGCUGACCCCACAAUAUAUUCAUGCGUUAUGGGUUAAGCAAAGGAAAUAAUUGGGCUCAUAUUUGUAGAACAGUAACUGAAAGACACAAACAAGUUAUAGAAAAGUAGAAGUAUACUUUAGUUCUUAGUUAAAUACACACACAAAUAUACAUUACAUUUACACAGCACACUGUAGUAGUCUAAAACAGGGGUCAGACGUACAACACAUUUUCUCAUUCAUGAUUUAUGGUGAAAUGCAGCAAGUGAGACUAGUUCUUUUGGUGCUCUUGGAUCACUCCACUAAGACUUUUUUUGGAAGACCAAGCAAACGUUAUCUAGUUGUGCGAAUUUAUCUGCUACUGUACUAAUUUAAAUGAUUCUAGAAUUAAGAAUUCCAUUUUUAUUAUUGUUUGAUAUAUAUAAAAAUUUAAAUCGCCAAUGAUA